GCGGCGUUGGCGAGGAGGAUUCUGUUCAAGAUAGACACCAGAGUCAUGCCCAUUCUGGCGCUUCUGCUUCUCUGCUCGUUCCUGGACAGGACCAACGUCGGCAACGCAAAGAUCCUCGGCCUCGAGUCCGACGUGGGCAUCACGGACAACCAGUACUCGCAGGGCCUCGCCGUCUUUUACGCCACCUACAUUGCCUGCGAACUCCCCAGCAACCUCGUCCUCAAGAAAUUCUCCCCCCGCAUCUGGCUGCCCACCCUCGCCGUCGCCUGGGGCAUCACCACAAUGUGCCUCGGCUUCAUCCGCUCCUUUGGCAGCUUCGCCGCCGUGCGCGCCCUGCUGGGCAUCGCCGAGGGCGGCCUGUUUCCAGGCAUCGUGCUGUACCUGUCCAGCAUGUACACGCGCGGCGAGCUGGCCCUGCGCAUCGGCAUCUUUUACACGGCGGCGUCGCUGUCCGGGGCGUUUGGGGGGCUGUUGGCGAGGGGAUUGUCGGCGAUUGGGCCGCGGGGAGGGCUGGAGGGGUGGAGAUGGAUUUUUAUUGUUGAAGGGCUGUUGACUGUUGUUUCUGGUCUGAUUGCCUUUAUUUGGCUGCCAAACGGCGUUGCGAGCGCAAAGUUUCUCACAACUCAAGAGCGAGAUUUCGCUUCCCAGAGGUUGGCAAACGACAACGGCGGCCGCUUCAACCCAGCACUCGAGGCAGAAGAAGCCUUCAAGUGGUCCGAGGUCCGCCGCGGCCUGUUCAACGUCCAGGUCUGGCUUACCUCGACGGCCUACUUUGCCAUGCUCUCGGGCGUGUACUCGUUUGGUCUUUUUCUGCCUACGAUUGUCAAUUCUCUUCAGAUCACGACGAAUGCCAACAAAGUCCAGCUCUGGACUGUCAUUCCGUAUGCCGUGGCAACGCCCACUACCGUCGCCGUCGCCCUCAUUUCGGACCGCAUCAAGCUCCGAGGCCUCCCCAUGCUCGUCAUGCUGCCCGUCUCCAUCGCCGGCUAUGCCACAAUCGCCCAUGUCCAGUCGGCCAGCGUCCGCUUCGGCAUGACGUGCCUCAUGGCCAUGGGCAUGUACAGCUCCGUGCCGUGCGUGCUGGUGUGGAACGCGAAUAACUCGGCGGGACAUUACAAGAGGGCGACGACGUCGGCGUUGCAGCUGGCCGUGGCGAAUUGCGGAGGCUUCGUCGCGACAUUUGCAUACCCGAAUAAAGAGGGGCCCGUCUAUCUCAAGGGACACUCCAUCAUCCUGGGAUUGCUCUGUUAUGCGUGGCUUGCCGUAUUGGUCAACGUGCUCUGGCUAUCCAAGGUUAACAGAGACAAAAAGGCCGGGAAAUACGACCAGUAUGCCGGCUGUGGUGAUGAUCGUGACCCCGAGUUCAAAAUGAUUUUAUAAACAUGCUCUCUUCUUUGAUGUUUACACGACCAUGUAGUAUCAUAGCUAGCGGACGAAUUUGGUUAAUGUUUAUGAGUUGAUAUACACUUAUAUGCUCCUUGCAGCUGAUUUAAACUCUCAAGGCCAUACAUCCAUCAGUCCGGCCCAUCAUCCCAGCAGCACCUUGACCACUUUUUCAACCUCAUCCGUAUUUCCAAAAAUGAUUCCCCCCCUCUCAUCACAUCCCUCCACCCCCUUCUCCAACACAUCCCUCCCAUCUUCGUCCACCGCCUUUCCCCCAGCACACUCCACCACCAACCCCACAGGAAACAGCUCAUACAACUUCCUCAGCUUCGCCUUGCUCGUCUGCGUCACAGGCGAAAUGUACACGCCGUGACCUUUGGUAAGAAUGUGGCCCAGAUCCGGCACAAGCCCCCCGCUGUACCGAAGCGUGUACUUUUCCUUGAUGAAAGACGCAAUGAGCGAGGCGUAGG